AUGGCUACCAGAUCAAUUUCACUCUCAAACUUCAACAAAUCAACCCUUCUCAUACAAAAUUCUUUUGAAAAGAUUCUCAAAUCUGUACAAGAGCUUGAAACACUUUCCCCCUCAAUCUUGUCAGUGAUACAAAUCAGAACUUUAAACAACUUCUCGAACCAGUUAGAAAAGAAACAUGAAGCCUAUGAAAAUUACCUGGAAAGAGCCUUGGAACAUAUAUCAGAAGAAUUAGAUUUGGAUGCAGUAAGUGACACUGAAGACAAACUGCGACUGCUAUUCGUCGAAGCCAAGUCUCGGAUUGAAGCCCUUCUCCAACAGCAGCCGCAAGAUGUUCCAGAAGAAAGUAAAGAUUCAACAAGAAUUAGUGACAUCUCAGCUUCAUCAUCUGCUCAUGUAAGACUCCCAAAACUAGACCUCAUCACGUUUGAUGGUUCUCCUCUACAGUGGGUAAGUUUCAUCAACUUAUUUGACACUAGCAUCCAUCUGAAUGAAAGCAUUUCAAACGUCACUAAAUUUCAAUAUCUUCUCAGCGUGCUCAAAAAUGAACCACUAAAUCUCGUAAAAGCUUUCAGUAUCACUUCAGCCAAUUACUCAAUUGCCUAUCAGCUCCUCAGAGACAGAUACCACAACACCCGAAGGUUAACUACACUUCACCUCAACAAACUGAUCGACCUACCGGACAUUUCCUCUACCUCAAACAAAUGUCUCAGAACGUUCCUCAACUUGUUUUAUGAACACACAGAAGCACUUAAAGCUCUUGACUGUGACAUUACUUCUAACUCUAACCCUCUGUUGUCCACCAUACUCUUACGAAAACUAGACAAUGACCUUCUAAAACAACUAGAGGCUUUUAGAAUUAAUAUAAAAUGCGAAACACAUUCUCUACCAGAAGUAGUCGAAAUAGUCAAGUUUCUUAAUCAAGAGUGUAACCAAAUGGAAGACGCUGUGUUACAUACCAAGUUUGCUCAAAGUACGAACAACCACAAUUCAAAUUUUAAACCCAAAUCUUUCACAUCCAAGCCCUCUUUCAUUCAAGCUCAGAAAGUUACAAUGGUCUCUACUCCAACUCCAUCAAAUCAAGACAACUCAAAAAAUCCUUUCUCAUUUCCCUGCUUUGUCUGCUCAUCAACUGGCCACAAGGUUUAUGCUUGUCCUAGCUUUCUCUCUCUUUCUUCAAAUGAACGUUUUAAAACCGUAAAGGACAACAACAGAUGUGUCUCUUGCCUCGGAAAACAUGAUGUUAAAACAUGUAAUUCUAAAGCAUCUUGCUUCAAAUGCCACAAACGUCAUCACACCUUACUUCAUUUUGAACAUGACAAGACAUCUCAAGGUUCUACAUCAUCACAACCAUCAACCACUCAUGUUUCGAAUGAAAAACCUACCGUAUCUCUUUGCUCACAGGAAGCCAGUCCUGCUAAUCAAAUCCCUAAAACUGUAAUUUUAGGCACAACACUGGUUAAAGUUACUGCUCAAAAUAACGUUUCUCAUGUGUUCAGAGCAUUGAUUGAUAGUGGCAGCAUGUGUGAUUUUAUUAGUGAAAAAGCUGCUCAACUACUGAAUGCACCUCGUUUCAAAUCCAACUUACAAGUAGUUGGUCUUUCUCAAUCUCCAACUCUCACAAAGGGUAUUGUGAACCUCACUGUUAACACACUGGCAGGAAAAUUAGUUGCAUCCAACCAUGAAGUGCACAUACUUGAUAAAAUAUCUGUCAAUCUCCCUAGAUCUCAAAUAUCACAAAGAGUUCUAUUGAAAGUAAAACCUUACCCCCUUGCUGAUCCCAGCUUCCACUUAUCAGGGCCCAUUGACAUGCUGAUCGGAGCUUCUCUCUUCCCUCUUCUUUUAACGAAUGAAAACUAUUCUCUCGGCCCUAACAUGCCUAACAUGAUGGGAACUCACUUUGGCUUUGUUGUUAUGGGGAAUGCACCUUGUUCAACCGAUUCCCAGCCUGCCAACACUCCAUCCAUCUCUCUGCUCUCAACGGUUGACAACGAAUUGCAUAACUCUCUACAGAAAUUUUGGAAAUUAGAGGAAUUAUCUGUACCCUCAAAGAUAUCGGUUGAAGAGCAACAGUGUGAAGAUGUGUUUAAAGCUACCCACUCUAGGGACGAAAAUGGCCGUUAUUUAGUUCAGCUACCAUUUAAAGAAAAUCAUCCACCUUUAGGAUCUUCCAAACUCAUCGCAGAACGACGUUUUCACUCACUUGAACGACGUUUUACACUCUCUCCUGAUUUGUAUAAAGCUUACUCUGACAAUAUAAAUGAACACAUCUCUCAAGGUCAUAUGGUAAAACUACCUCAUCUAGAUAUCAACUCUCCUCACUAUUUCUUGCCACACCAUGCAGUUGUGAAACCAUCCAGUACCUCAACUAAACUCCGAAUCGUUUAUGAUGCAAGCUGCAAAACCAGCUCUGGAAUUUCCCUCAAUGAAUCUCUCAUGACCGGCCCUAAAUUACAGACCAACAUUUGUGAUAUAUUGCUACAUUUCAGAAUACACAAUAUCGUUUUCACUUGCGAUAUUCGCCAAAUGUAUCUUCAAAUCUUAAUCAAACCUUCCGAUCAACUGUUCCAACUCGUCUUGUGGCGUGACAAUCCCUCUGAAGAUAUAUCCACAUACAAACUCACUCGAGUGACUUUUGGAGUAAAUAGCUCACCCUACUUAGCGAUUCGUACCCUCCACCAGUUAGCUGAAGACGAAGGUAAAGACUUCCCUGAAGCAGCAAAUGUCUAG